GUCGAGGCGCAGGCGCGCGAGCAGUCGCAGCUCACGGCGGUGACGACCAAGACGGUCAACGUGCACGGUGACGGCAUGGUGGUCACGACCACGUCGCAGUACGAGCAGCACUCGUUUGCGAGCAAGACGGACUGGCGCGUGCGUGCGAUCUCGGCCACCAACUUGCACUUGCGUACCAACCACAUUUACGUCAACUCGGACGACAUUCGCGAGUCGGGCUUUACGUAUGUCUUGCCCAAGAACAUUCUCAACAAGUUCAUUACGGUCGCGGACCUCCGGACGCAGAUCGGCGGCCUCAUCUACGGUGUCUCGCCGCCCGACAACCCGCACGUGAAGGAGAUUCGGUGCAUUGUCGUGCCGCCGCAGCUCGGGACCCAUCAGAGCGUCACGAUCCCGAUGGCGGCGCCGAGCCACGAGUACCUCGAGAACCUCGAGGCGCUCGGCUGGAUCCACACGCAGCCGAACGAGACGCCGGCGCUGGCGCCCCAAGACGUGUCGUUCCACGCCAAGUUUAUGGCCGAGAACGCGUCGUGGGACGGCGAGAAGACGAUUGCGAUCACGUGCAGCUUCACGCCCGGGUCGGCGUCGCUCACCGCGUACAAGCUGACGCCCGCGGGCUACGAGUGGGGCCGCGCCAACAAGGACACGGGUCCGAGCCCGCCGGGGUAUCUGCCGACGCACUACGAGAAGGUGCAGAUGCUGCUCUCGGACCGCUUUGUGGGCUUUUACAUGGUGCCGGACGAAGAAGUGUGGAACUACAACUUUAUGGGCGUCAAGCACACGCCGAGCAUGAAGUACGACGUCAAGGUCGGCAACCCGAAGGAGUUUUACCACGAAGUGCACCGCAAGACGCACUUUUACAACUUUAGCGCGAUGGAGUCGGUCGACGAAGCCGCCGGCGACGCCGAAGAAGAAGGCCAGCGCGACGUCUUUGGCUAGGUCUGCGUGGUUGCAUCUCGCUUUAUCUCAAAAUACAUGAAUUGCAUC